CCUGUCUUUCAUCUCGCCCCGCCUUGCUCGGAAAGCUCUGCUUUUCCAGCCACGAGGAGGAGGGCGAGAUCUCCCUUUCUCUCCCCGCCUCGCUUUCUCUUUCUCCGCGAGAGGAAAAAGCGGUCAUUUAUCAGGCGCCGGGAGGAGCCGUCAGGCACUUCUUUUAGUCUCCUUUCUUUUUUAAAAAAGGACUGCGCGCCCUUCAGGGUCCUGAGGCGAGGCGUGGAGCUGCCGUACAAUAUGGCGGCGCUCUGGCAAGGGCGCUUCCGGGUUGAACCCUGGCUCCGCUGUACGGCGCGGGCUCUUUCAGCAGGGAAGAAUGAAUAUGACCUUCUUGUUAUCGGAGGAGGCUCUGGUGGCUUGGCUUGCGCUAAAGAAGCUGCCCAGUUUGGAAAAAAGGUAGCUGUCCUGGAUUAUGUGGAUCCUUCCCCAAGAGGAACCAAAUGGGGGCUUGGUGGGACGUGUGUGAACGUGGGUUGCAUUCCGAAGAAGUUGAUGCACCAAGCGGCUCUCCUGGGACAUUCGGUCCGAGAUGCUCAACAUUAUGGCUGGAACGUACCCCACCGUAUCAGUCACGACUGGUCUGUGAUGUCCAAAGGAGUUCAAAACUACGUCAAAUCCUUGAACUGGGGACACAGAUUACAGUUGCAAGAUAAAAAGGUGAAAUACUUCAAUCUGAAAGGGAGCUUUGUGGAUGCCCACACCAUCCGUGGGGUAGCAAAAGGAAACAAGGAGACGCUGCUCACGGCAGAUCACAUAGUUCUUGCUACUGGUGGCAGACCAAGAUACCCCACAGAGGUCGCAGGAGCUCAAGAGUUGGGAAUUACAAGCGACGACAUUUUCUGGCUUAAAAGAUCCCCUGGAAAAACGUUGGUUGUUGGUGCCAGCUAUGUUUCCCUCGAGUGUGCCGGCUUUCUCACCGGCCUCGGAUUGGACACUACCGUGAUCAUCAGAACCAUCCCGCUUCGAGGAUUUGACCAGCAAAUGGCUAAUCUGGUGACUAGCCACAUGGAAGCUUCCGGCACCCGGUUUCUAAAGAAAUGCAGCCCCACUAAAGUCAAGAAGCUGGACAAUGGCCGGCUGAGGGUGACGUGGAAAUUUGCGGACUCCGGCAAAGAAAAAUCGGACGAGUUUGAUACGGUGAUGUGGGCAAUAGGCCGAGCUCCGGACACUGCAGCCCUUAAACUGGAGCGCGUGGGUGUGAAAACCAAUCCGGAAACGGGGAAAAUCCUUGUAGAUCCAGCUGAAGCCACUUCGAUCCCCCAUAUUUUUGCAAUUGGGGACAUCACUGAGGGCCGCCCUGAACUAACGCCCACUGCAAUUGCCUCAGGAAAGUUAUUGGCUCAACGGUUGUUCGGCCUCUCUACUGAACUCAUGGAUUAUGACAAUGUGCCUACAACUGUGUUCACCCCCCUAGAAUAUGGUAGCGUUGGCAUCUCAGAAGAAGCUGCUGUCCACCGAUACAGUCCAGAUAACAUAGAGGUAUACCACGCAUUUUAUAAACCCUUGGAAUUUGUUGUGGCCGAAAGAGAUGCUACUCAGUGUUACAUAAAAAUGGUGUGCCUGCGUGAAAAAGAUCAGCGGAUCCUGGGCCUUCAUUUCAUUGGCCCAAAUGCAGGUGAAGUUAUCCAAGGCUUCGCUCUUGGAAUCAAAUGCGGUGCUACUUAUUCUCAAAUGAUGCGGACGGUUGGGAUUCACCCCACCUGCGCCGAAGAAGUGGCUAAAUUGCACAUCACCAAGAGGUCAGGGUUGGAUCCGACCGUCACAGGCUGCUGAGGUUAAGCGCCAUCCCUGGUCAACCAGGCUGGGCAGAAGCCUCCAGAAGAGAAGGAAGGAGCACGUCAACAUCUAGAGAAGGUCGCAAAUGCGGAUCACGUGACCCCAGGACACUACAACCGUCAUAAAUGCGAACCAGUCGCCCAGCGCCUGAAUUUUGACCAUGUGAUUGUGGGCAUGCUUCAAAGGUCGUAACCAUGAAAAAUGGUCGUACAAGUCACCAAACCAACUCCAGUGGAAGCCUUCUGCCAACCGGCCCCACUUCUGGAAUCUUCACUCUUGCUGUUUAUUACAUCGGAGGACGACAUCUAAAUGAACGUUGAUGAGCUGGAACUGGUGUCAAAGCAGGGUAUAGAUGGUCACCAAAAAUAUCUGGUCUUUUUCUGAGAACUUCUGCCUUGUGCCUUCCAGGGGUGGCUGGUUUCCAACAACCACCUCAAGCAGCCUCGUUUCAAUGCCAAAAACCCAACCAACGUCGCAAAAGAUCUCCCGGGGGCGCAGAUAUUUUGCGCGUUUCAGGAAUCCGCACAAAAUCACGGGACACCGGCUGAUGACGACUUGUGUAUAAAACCACUCGCUGGAGUAGACAGGUCUGAUGCUUGCUGGUUCCUUAUUGACAAGAAGGAAUGACGUUGGAAUGGAUGGUAGACAAGUUCGUAGAAGGAUUAAAAAAAUAGUUUUCGGUUGAAUUUGUAGAAGCUGUGGUUGAUUUGGGAUAACUUUUCCUUCCCCCCCCAAAAAAAUCUAAAGUAGAUUUCAAUUUGUUUUC